AUGUGCAAAAGCGGGCCUCUCUUGAAAAGCGAGAGCCGGAGGAGCACUACUAUCAUGUUUUCCAACUCCUCCGGGAUGUUGAAACCCCCGGCUAUUGAGAAGCAGCUCGAGUGCACCAUGGAGGAGCUGUGUUUUGGAUGCAGUAAGAAGAUGAAGGUUAUAAGGGUGAUUGUCAAAGAAACCGGGCAAAUGGCUCAAGAGGAGGAACUGGUGACGAUAAAUGUGAAGCCGGGAUGGAAGAAAGGAACGAAGAUUACAUUCGAAGGAUUGGGAAAUGAGAGACCUGGUGCAUACCCAGCUGACGUAAUUUUUGUGAUCGCUGAGAAGAGGCACCCUUUGUUUGUAAGAGAAGGAGAUGACCUAGAGUUGACAGUAGAAAUCUCAUUGAUACACGCCCUUACAGGUUGCGCAAUCUCUAUUCCUCUUCUGGGUGGAGAAAAUAUGACAUUGAAAAUAGAAGAUAUCAUCUACCCGGGCUACGAAAAGACCAUUCCAGACCAAGGUAUGCCAAUCUCUAAGGGGGAAAGGAAGAGAGGAAAUCUCAAAGUCACGUUCCUGGUUGAGUUCCCUACUUCUCUAACAAAGGAGCAAAGAUCAGAAGUUAUUAACAUUUUAGAUGACUCUUGA